AUGUACCGCCAACCAGCUGUUCGGGCCCUGGCCCGGCACACCAGACAGGCCGGCCCCGUCUCCCGCAGGGCCUUCCUCAGCCGCAAGUCCUCCUCGGGCCGCUCCCUCGACGGGCUGAACGUGAGGCGGCUGGCGCAGGAGAGGGAAGAGUACGACCGGACGAGGAGGAACUUCCUGGUCGCCGGCGCCGUCGCCGGCGUCAUAUCGUUCGCCUACACGGCAUGGAAGCUCAAGGAGGCGCUGGACAACCCGACCAAGCUCGACACGGCCCUGCCGCCCAGUGACCCGCUCGUUGCCGGCACGGACGCCAAGCGGAAGGUCGUGAUCCACGACGAAGACGGCCAGGAGCUCGUCCCCACGGGGAACAGCACGGUGCCCCAGUUCCCCCGGACCAUCGAACUGCCGUCGCACCUGGAGCCCACGUCGACGUCGGAGCCGUCGGCUCCGACGAGCCUCGUCCCGGCGCCCGGCGCCCAGAGGACAGAGUACACGCUCGUGGGCGUGGGCACCCGCACCGUCACCAUCCUGGGCAUCCAGGUCUACGUCGUGGGCUACUACAUCGCGACGGCCGACAUCGCGGCCCUGCAGUCCCGCCUCGUCAAGAAGAUCAACCCCAUCGCCACGACCCUGGUCCCCGGCGAGCGCGACGACCUGCGCAAGAUGCUGCUCGACCCGGCCGCCGGCGAGGACCUCUGGGAGGAGCUGCUGAAGGACGGCGUCCCCGCGCGCUCCCUGUUCCGCGUCGUCCCCGUCCGCGACACCGACUUCCACCACCUGCGCGACGGCUUCGUGCGCGCCAUCCAGGCCCGCGGCGACAAGCUCGCCCUUCCCUUACCGCAGGACCCGGCGCGCGAGUUCGGCGAGUCGGUCCGCGAGUUCCGCCACAUCUUCAAUCGCGGCAAGGCCCCCAAGAAGCAGGAGCUCAUGAUGGUGCGCGGCGGCGACGGCAGCCUCGGCGUCGUGUACGACGACGGCCGGAGCUUCGGCCGGCAGCUGCUGGGCACGGUCCGGGACGAGCGGCUCUCGCGCGGCCUGUGGCUGAACUACCUGGCCGGCAAGAAGGUGGCGAGCGAGCCGGCGCGGACGAGCAUCUGCGACGGCAUCAUGGAGUUUGUCGAGCGCCCUGUCGGCACGGUGGCCGCGCAGGUUGUGUAG